GUAGCUCAAAGAAUAGCGUUGUCAGUCAUGUUAGCUAACGUGGCUACUGAACUCCAGAAGAUCCUAUUUCCUGAGUUUAGCGCGAACAUUACUAAUAUUGAGGUACAAAAAUAGAAAUAUGCCCGAGGACAGCAUGGAGACUUACACGUGUACUGCGCCUGUGAAUAUAGCAGUCAUUAAAUACUGGGGAAAGAGAGAUGAAGACUUAAUUCUACCCAUUAACUCAUCACUGAGCGUAACACUUCAUCAAGAUCAGCUGAAAACAACCACAACCGUGACCACCAGCAAGUCUUUUCAAGAAGAUCGUCUAUGGCUCAAUGGCAAGGAGGAGGAUAUCAGCCAUCCAAGACUGCAAUCGUGUCUGAGAGAGAUUCGACGUCUUGCGAGAAAAAGACGUAAUGAUGAUGACCUGGGUUUGGAUUCAACUUGUUUAACUCACAAAGCUCACAUCUGUUCCAUCAACAAUUUCCCCACUGCUGCCGGACUUGCUUCCUCUGCAGCAGGAUUUGCUUGUUUAGUUUUCACACUGGCUCAGGCGUUUGGUGUAGAAGGGGAAUUGUCUGGGGUGGCUCGUCAGGGCUCAGGGAGUGCAUGCAGGAGUAUGUACGGGGGAUUUGUCCAGUGGCUCAUGGGGCAUCAGAGUGACGGCAAGGAUAGUAUUGCCCAACAGGUGGAGCCAGAGACUCAUUGGCCUGAGCUGAGAAUACUUGUGCUUGUGGCCAGUGCUGAGCGGAAACACGUGGGCAGCACCCCUGGCAUGCAAACUAGUGUACAAACAAGCUAUCUCUUAAAGCAUCGGGCCGAGUCGGUUGUCCCAGGGCGCAUGGCUGAGAUGAUUAAAGCAGUGCGCAAAAAAGACUUCCCUGAAUUCGCGGAACUCACCAUGAAGGACAGUAACCAGUUUCAUGCCACCUGCCUGGACACAUACCCUCCUAUAUUCUACCUCAACACUGUAUCUCAUCAGGUCAUCAACCUGGUGCAUCGAUACAACCGUCACUACGGGGAGACAAGGGUCGCCUACACAUAUGAUGCAGGACCCAAUGCUGUGAUAUUCACUUUAGAGCAACACAUUCCUGACUUUAUUCAAGCAGUCCAACAUUUCUUCCCUCCAGAAACCAAUGGUGAAGAGUUUAUAAAAGGUCUUCCAGUCCCUCAUGCAGAUCUUUCUGAGGAGUUGAAACGAGCUAUUGCUUUGGAGCCCAUGCCUAAAGGAAUUAGCUACAUUAUUAGCACUAAGCCUGGCCCAGGUCCUUGUGUUGUGAAUGAUCCCACACAGCAUCUGCUCGGACCUGGUGGAUUACCUAAGAACAUUGUUCGACGUCAUUCAUCGGAAAGGGACAAUGGAGUGAAACAUAAAAACGUUUCCUAAUAUUUCACUGCAAAUCUAUCAGUUUUAUCAUUGCCAGAUUACAAUGUUGAGGCUGUGUCUUCCUUUAGCAAUCAUAUUAUUUUCUCCUCUUAUGUACUUGUACUGCUAAACCCUGAUUUAUAAUAAUGAUAAUGACUUAUAAUUACCUUAUAUAGGUUACAUUAGAAUACAACUCUCAGUUCUUUCGGUCGAAAUCAUGUUUUCCAUGUCCACAAGACCCUAAAACAUAACUUUCUUCAUUUGUGCUGUUUAGGCAACCCUUUGUCUGUGCCCAUGCCUAUAAAUUAGAUAUAUAAUAUACUGAGAUCUAAUCAUAUAGUUGAAAACAUUGUCUUACAUUGAAAAUAAAUACUGUACAAAUUUG